AGACGCAGAUUGCUUCUUCGAACCGCUCACGUUUAAAGAAGCACACGAUGCUUUGAGUUUUGUGUUUUUCAAAAAAGGCACGAUAAGCUGGCCUGCACCACAACUCUUGUGCUUCUUUGAAUCAAUUGAUUGCGUCGACGGCUGUCAUCAUCAAAACCAUGCCUGACCGGCGGCAGUCCAUUUCCGACGAUGCUUCCAUUGCAGUUGGUGAAUCUGUUGCUCCCAUGGCACGCCGUGGCCGGGCGGAUGUGAAAGAAGAUCAGGACCCUGACGCGCGUGAACAUGCUUCUAGUGUCGACGGCCAGCAUGAUAAUGCUGGUGUCCUCGGAGGGAUUGCCAGAGGACCCGCGCACGCCAACGAGGCUGGCUCUAAUGACAGUCAUGCGGGCCGGGAUCUCAGGGGAGACGAAGAUCGCGAACUUGUUCAAGAACAGGAAGAAGGCGACGCUGACGAGAGACGGGUGGUCAAGAACGACAAGGCCACCCAGGAUUUCCUGAACGAACAUCUCCCAGGACUGUCUCUCACAACGCAGAUUGACUCGAUCUGCUCGUACACGGAUUUGCUAUGGAAACUCCUACACGAAAAAUGUAAGUUUCCCGAGCGCCAGAGACUAGGACAGACGGCGGAAUACCUGAACUUCGGUCUGGUGAGGGUGCCAGGAAAGGCGCUGCCUGUCUGGUCGCGGGACAGUUUAAACGGACAUGGGCUGCUCUGCAAGAUCAUGGUCGCGUUCUUCCACAAGCACGUAGUCUGCAAGUCGACCGACAAGGAGCUCUUCUGUCUCGUGGACAAGGCCGACGUUGCGCGCGAGUACGGCACGGAUGACCUGCCGUUCACUUCUUGCACCGUCAACAAGGGCUUCAAAAGCGGACUGCACAUAGAUGAAAACGACUCCGGGUACAGCUUCGCGGUGCACAUCGGGCCAGAUCCCGCUUGUGGCGGCGGUCUCUUCAUCCACGUGCCGUGCAAAUUUAAGCGACAGAAGCUGAUCGACCACCCGUCGAAUCGCGUCACGGCGGCCACCCACGUUGUUGCGGAGGACAAGAGGAUCAAACCUGGCAGGACGGUGUCGCAGGGGGAGCAGCUUCCAGGGAUCUUCGUAGACACAAAGACGCCUGUCUGUUUCCACGCACAGGAUGAGCACGCAACCGCAAACGCAGACCCUGGGCGCAUCGCGAUCAUCUUUUACUCGCAAAGGAAAGUCCGGCCGGAGCGCAAACUGGAGCUCCAGUGCCUCGGUUUUGUUCCGCCGCCGACCAGGUGCUUGGGCUUGGGAUACUAUGCGGGUUGCAAUUUUUUCGCACAGCCGCGAGGCGGUGCACCGGCAGGGGCCUUGCUAGGAGUGCAGCUUCCGAAAUCCGCUGCAUCCGCGUCCUCCGCGUCUCGACUGCCAAAAAUGGAACAGCAAAGUGUGAAGCAGGAACCUGAAGUUGUUGGUGAUCAUCAAGCCCCCGCUCCUCCUGCUGCUGCUCUGCUGGCUGUUGCAAAAAACGAGCCACAGCACGAACACGUAGUCAAUGCUGCCAGCAAGAAGGUCAAGGUCGAACAAGCACCCGAACAAUUGGAAAGAGAGGCGCCAGAAGCAGAUGUGGUCAUGGCUGAUCUUGAGGAUGAAAUCGACGCAGCCCCAGAGGAAAUGAGUCCUCCCGCACUACCGCAGCACGACGAACCGAAGAAGACGCAGCGAGGACGGCACGUGUCGAAGAUUUCGGCGGAUGUCCAGGGCUAUCUGGACCGAGGGCACGAUGUACCAGACGCACUAAUGGAGGAACUCGACGAGGCGAUCAUGGCUGAGGCGGCAAAAAAAGCAGGUAGUGCAUCAUCCUUGCAGGAGCAAGCAGCACCCGCUGUGCCACCGAGGCACGGCAAAGAACCAGAAAACGACGAAAGGGAAAACGCGAGAACAACAGGAGCUGCACACGCGACCGCAAAGGCAAACAAUCCGCCCCCAGGUACCGUUGGGGCCUCGUCUUCAUCUGCAGCUCCUAUGUCCUUUUCAGCGGAUUACGCGGACCUGUUUUUCGGGCAACCCCCGACCGAUGGCGAUGAGGAGGAAGAGCCACAGUAUUUCCUUCCCGAUACUGUGACUUUACCGUUGAACAGUGGCGCUUUCGACAGCUACAGCGCGGGGCCUGCAGCCGGGGUGCCGCAACAAGCCGCCCACGGAGGCGGCACAGGGAGUCGUGUUGUCAGCGGUCGUGAAGGAACAGGAACUGGCGCUCUUCUACUAGAGAAAGAUAGUCGCGGCAUGUCGGCGCAAGCGAAGGCCGAGGGAGGUUCACUUCUUCCAAAGGACGAAAGUGGAGUUCAUGAAAGGAAGAGCAAGAAGCGAGGUUCCGUCAAAGCAGAAGGUGCCCCCGAAGCCGGAACCAAGAAGCAAAAGUCGAACAAGCAGGCAAAAUCAAAAAAAGGUCCGCAGGAUAGCACGGCGUCACGAGUAAAACUGGGCGAUGAAGAAGGCCUCUCUGUGGCGAAAGGGUACAACUGGAAAGCUGACCACGAAGACCUGGAAGGACAAGCGGACGGCUCUGGGUACCUUGAGGAUUAUGCCAACGAAUCUGCUGAAGCGCCGCUCCUUUUGCAGCGUGACAUCCCGAUGACAAUCCCCGAAGCUAGACCGUCCACAAUUCUCCACAUCAUACACGCUGACGCGCACCUCGAGCCUGCGGAAAGCUCGCCGCGAACCUUGAGAAAACAGAACAGCGACAGCGUCGACGGAUGGGAACAGCUUGUGCAGGAGGUCCUGGGGGUCGUAAGAGAAAAGAGAGGUCAUGACCAUUCUUGUAGCAAGUCCGAAUCUUUCCCCGGGGCAGAAGGCGCGGCGCACGAUGUAUAAAUAGAUCUUCUGAUGAUCUUGCCUACGAUGCCGUCGUUGUUUCUUUCAAACAGUUUUUACAUGCCAGCACCACUAGCAACGCCACCGUGCUGUUGACCGUUCAAACUAAGUAAUUUGAAUCGAAUGUGAUUGCGGACGAUAAACGUAAAUGUAAAAAAAAGAAAAUGAUUAUUUCAAUCUUGUCCAACAUGUUCAUCAGUUACAAUUUCUUCUUCCGGUGUGCCAACCCUGGGGACCGACGAAGCCAUUUCCACGACUCGGUGACGGCCUGAGUAAAUCGCAGGAGAAGCUUCUUUGCCAGCUGUUUGACUGGUGGAAGGUCGUGCGUGACCUGCUUGCCAUCUGGUCGGACGCGCAGCUCAAGAACUACUCGCAAUCGGCACGGAGCAACGGCCUUGACAGCGGAAGUAACCACUGCCCACCGUUGAGCACCGAAACCCAGCGCAAGUUCGUUUCCCAACACAAGUGGUUUCCCUGGUCCCACAUUCGCAGGCAGCUCUACGUCUUGGAGACCUUCUGGAUGCUCAAACAUACGUCACAGGUCUGCAAACUGCCUUGGGCAAUUCCGGUCGUGUUCACAGAGAAGCAGCAGCUCCCGACAUACUUCGAAGAGCAGAUGCGGACGGUGCCCGGGGCUCCGCUGCAGCAGGGAGAACAGACGCACGGGGUCGGCGUGAAGAGCAAAGCGAAGAAAGACACAGGCGGGAACUCGGAAGGAACAGGCGGUAGCCUAUGGGACCAUCUGCGGAACCCUUUCGGUAGAAAAAAGUGAAGCGCAUGACCACACGGACACGGAUGAUGUGAGUGUGACGCAAACAGCAUGUUGUGCUGCCUAGAAAAUACUUAUGUGCGAAAAGUCUAAUAUCGCUAUCCCUCUUCCACCUAAAUGCAACAAGUAUUGGUCCUGCUCCUGCUAAGUAAUAGGCUGAGCAGAAAUGAGAUGAACUUGGAGAACUGAAGAAGCUGGCUCGAAAAAAACUGUAUUUAUUGAAGCAGAUCAUGGAAAACCGAAACCCUGCCAUUGCCAAUGUACAAUUUGAUUUUCGGACACCAAGAUCUAGCUACACGGACAAUUAAGAAUUGCGCUUGUGGUACUCUCUUGUGAUGGAAACCAAAACAAAACUCGCUCGUCGGAGGUGCACG